UAAUAUUUAAGAUAUAAGACCUACAUAUUGAACUUAACAUUUAUAAAUCAAAUGCCUAAAAUAAAACUAUUAUAUCUAUCAAUGAAAUACAUUGAUAUACAUCUAUUUGUUCACACAACUAUUCUACAACGUCUUGCAUGUACAUACUCAAGCACAUCUAAAUGUGUUGUGAAAGUACAGCAAAGAGAAAGUGAGCAUCACAUUAACUUGAACACAUCGUCUGUAUAUGUGGUACCUAGCCGACCGGUUGUAUCAAGCCAGUACAAAAAACUUUCUUUAACCCACUUUCGUAUUCUCGCGAUGAUCUUUUGCCAUUCACCGUCGUUUCGCCUCCAGUGUGCUUAGUUUGGUAGUCAACAGUGGUGUGGCCCUACCAUCAUAACAUCCCUGUGUAAUCCCAAUUGGUGGUGGGAUAUUUUUGUGGGGGUAUUCGAGAAGUGGGAUAUUGCGUUUCUUCCGCGGCCGUGCCGUGUAAUUGGUGCAAUGUGUGAUAUGCAAAAUAUGCCCACACAAGAUGAUGGCUCGUGUGACGAAGAUUCCGAGAUGAAUUGGAAUGCAGCAUUUUCAGCCAUGGGUGGUGGCACACAUUUUGUAACAACAGGUGGCCAACUGCCUGUCACUAAAAUACAAGAGAAUCCUAAUAAUGGAACUCAGCUGUCACAGGUGGUGGGCAUGGUUGGAGGAGUAAAUAUGGGAGAAGGCGUACAAUAUGUUCGCGCACUAGACGGCACUCAAUUGCAGACCACACCACAGCUGAUUUCUGUACCCAUAACUCUUCCUGGGAUGAAACCAGGUGACCCACAACCAACAGUUCAGAUCCAAGUAUUGGCACCGAGUUUGAUACAGCAACCUCAACCCAAAUAUCAAAUGCAGAUACCUAUGCAGAGUUUUCAACAAGGGGGUGCCGUUCUCACUGUGGCGUAUCCGGAAGCGAAUGAUAGCGGCGGCAUACAGCUAAUAAGAAACGGCUUGACUGACGGUACCUACAGGAUAAGACCAGGCUUGCAAGUGGUUGCUGCUCUGCCACAGGACAUGCAAUUCAUGCAAGGCAAUAAGGAUCAAGUGCAACAACAGAUGUAUCUGACGCAAAACCAGCAAAUUGUGAUCAACAAUCCAGAAGAUGUGAAGCCCAUCAUCAACACGAGUAACAAUAAUAAUGAAGGGGACAUUGUCAUCAAGGAAGAGGAAUGUGAUGAUGACGACUCCCAUAGCACUCAGAAUAGUGAUCGACCACAAGAUAUUUUUAUGUCACAUUCGGAUAUUGUGAAAUAUGUUUAUUCAUUACCAGGCCAGCAAACACAAGGGCUGCCAGUUUCUCUACAACAAUUUUUACGCCUCAAUCCCACCGAAGUCAAAAAGAAUGUAGAAAAAAUGGAAACAGAGGUCACAAUCAUCAAUGAAACCACCUGUGAACCAGUUGGAAAUGAUGAAAUCCUUUUGGAAGAUACUCGUACAAAGAAAAAGAAGAAAUACAAGAAAAAACCACCCCGUCCCGUUAGGCCAAAGCCCGGUCAGGUCAUAAUCGCGACGGCUGCGGACGGGUCACCCAUCUUUUGUUGCCCCGAGUGUCAGAAUGCUUACCCUGACAAGGAUCAACUUGAGAUGCACUUAAGUGUCCACCAGAUUGAACGGCGGUUUAUUUGCGGGAUAUGUGGAGCUGGGUUGAAGCGAAAAGAACACUUGGAGCGUCAUAAACUUGGCCACAAUCCCGAAAGACCUUACGUGUGCGGCGUUUGUGGGAAGGGCUUCAAAAGAAGGGAACAUCUGAAUCUGCAUGUGGUCAUUCAUUCGGGAGUCAAGAGCGAACGAUGUGGGGAAUGCGGGAAAGGAUUCUACCGCAAAGAUCACCUUCGCAAACAUACGCGUUCUCACGAAACCAAACGUGCAAAAGACGAGGCCAAAGAGGAAGGCAAUAGUGAAUUGUUUGGAUAUGAAGUCAAACAGAAAGCCGUCAGUGUCAGUCCCGGAAACGGAAAUACGAUACUGCCUGAGAUUACUAUACAUGUACCGACAAGUGCGAACGUGCAAACGCCCGUACAAAUUAACAUACCCCAGCAUGUGAUGUCGUCCCUGGCUGCGGCCCAGAGAUCCGGAGGCGAUGGGGAAAGUGGGAUUGGUGAAAACAGUCCCAAUGUGAACAAUGGUCCAAUAUGCACAGAGGCCCAAUUAGACGCCAUAUUGGCCCAGCAUACGUGACAUGAGACUGAUAAAGAAAGUAACUCCGACGUCAGCGAGUGAGUGACGUAGUACCUGUGAAGCGUUUCCAUGGAAACGCUAUUUAGUUAAGUCACAAUCUGCGGAUGUAGAAAAAACAGGGCUAUUAAAGCUUUUUCUGAACUGGACGGAUAAUUUCUAGCAAUUGUAGUUACAGAAUAAAAUUGUUCGACUUUUUUAACUAUAAGUCAUCAUAAGCUUACUAUAAACAUUAAUUAGUUAGUGAUUGUUUAGUCCUUACUUUGCUUAAAUUGUUAUAAGAUUCAACUAAUUGACGCUUAUAGUACGUUUCUGACUUCUUAAAAAUUAUAGAAUUAACACAGUUUAGUUAUAACAUUCUUAUAUUUUUUUAAACCAGUGUUACGUUUGCAGAAUUUGUAAUAUAAGAUGAAAUGAAUACUCCACUUUAGGUUAUUUCUAAUUAAGGUAAAUCGUGAUUUUAUAGUGUAUAUUUAGGUAAGGAAAAUGAAAACUGUUGACGUACUAGACGCGUUAUUUUCCGAAUUUCAAACACCUUAUUUAAAGGUUUUGAUUGAGGUUAAGUUAUACCUUCCUAAGGAACUACCUUGUGUAUUUAUAAUAUUUUGGCACAAAAAGCUCUAGCCAAAAUUACUAAAACUUGCUAGCUGACUCAAACAGAAACAUUUUUUGUUCGUGAGUUGGUAAUAGUUCGCCUGACUUAUGCUAAGUGUGAGAUUAAGAGGCGAGACUUUGCGCUACGAAUAACUAACGAAUUUGUCAACGUACGUAUAUGAGGACGUAUACGCGUCUGGUACAUCACGCUAUGAGCAAGAAAUAUCACAGUGGAAUUGAUUCCAUUAUCCGUUUUCACAAACUUUUAAACCAUUUAUGCACCAAAUAAAUUUUUUUAUGAGAUUGACAACAAAUACACAAAGAAUAUAGAUAUACUUACCAUUACCAACUUGGCUACUCUGAAGAUAUGAUGCCAAAUGAGACAAAUAAUAUUUGAUUGAAAAUAUUUCUCUUGUGCUUGUUUGCUCCAGAACAAAUGCUUAUUCCCUUAUAUUUAGCAGGUCUUUGGCGUCCUAAGUUAAUUCCCUUUCUUUAUACGUGGCGCCGCUAAAGUAGUACAUACAAUAUUUUAAAUACAUCAUAUCGUGUUAAAUUAAUUGUGCAUAAAAAAAGCUUUUAUGUAUCUCAUACAUUCUCCGUCCAUUUGUAUUUUUUAUUUGACAGUCCCCCUUGUCUACAGUAUUCAAGAACAAAGAGAUUUUUAAUUAAGAGAAUAUAUAUAAAAUAUCUCAGGCGGGUUAUAAAAACACGUAAGUGAUGUAUUUUCUGGGUGCCAUUCAAAAUAUCGCCUUUAAACCGGUUCCAAUGCAGUUAUUUCGGAAAAAAUAAAUAAUGUAUUUUUAUGUAAUAUUGAGUGUACUUGUAAAAAACUACUAUUAUGUUGUUUUGUUUUCAUUGGCCUUCUCUUAGCUAAAUAUGGCGAACUCUUGCCGCAAUUAGUGCUAGAUCGCAGUUGUGAAAUUGACUUUUGUCCUAGAUUUCACAUUUGUGUACCGCUACAAACUUAUCUCUCACGGUGGUUGAACUAAAGUUUUUUUCAAUACGUCGGCGCACCCACACGCUAUCGAAAGAGAUAUGAUUGUAGGUGGAGACAAAAAUAGCUUGCCUAAAGAUUUUCCGAUCGGAAAGUGCAUGCCAUUCGUAAAUCAAUCAUAGUUAUAUUUUCACAUGCGUGAAAAUUGGUUGCAUUCAUCACAAUCAGCUUUAACAUAUUUAAAUAUAUUUUUGUACUUAAGUUUGCAUGAAACUGUUGCUUAGAUAACCACCAAGGUGCUCUAAUGUACUGAAUAUUUUCGUUUGUAAGUUGUAAAUUUUUAGUAUAUUUAGUGAUUCCAUUAGACCUAAUUUCAUAAUUGAGUUUUUUAGAAAAUUGUCUAAAUCGAAUAUUUUUUGUACCUUUUUUACCAGUUAAGAGUAUACUUUAAAUCAUGUAGUUAAAAGUAUUAUAAAUGUUAAGGUGCGAUGAACUUUAGUUGAUCCCUUUGUACUUUUUGUAUGAAACUUAUUUAUUAAUGAGAAUCAAGAAUAAAGUUGCUGAUUUUUUAA